AUGCGUCGCUUCUUGAAGGGCCUUAGCAUUUCCACCGAAAAAUGCGCCAAUACUCCCAGUCUAUUCCGCGAUAUCUUCAACUCGGACCUCAGCACCAGCGAAGCAGCAUCGUGGGAUGAUCCCCCGCCCUACGAGGAAUACCGUAUAAAUCCCCAAGCCUCAACCAGAGACUCAGCCUUCGACGACCUCAAAAAUUAUGACACCAUCUUACUAGUAGACGACAGUACCAGCAUGGAUGGAUCCCGCUGGCGCGAAGCCGAAGCCGCAAUAGCAGCCAUAGCCGGAAUCUGCACCCAACACGAUGAGGACGGAAUAGACCUCUACUUCCUCAACCACCGAGGGGACCGAAAUGCCUCUAACGGCGCCUACAAAAACAUCCAAAUAGAAGAACAAGUCCGCAAUAUCUUCGCCAGCGUUGCUCCACGUGGAGCCACGCCUGUGGGGAGACGGUUACGCGAUAUCCUCAAGCCAUACAUGUGCCGGGUAAAACAGAUGCAGCUGGCGCCGCGGGAUAUGUAUGGUGAGCUGAGGGAUCCGGCGCUGUUUGUGAGGCCCAUUAAUAUUAUUACGAUUACCGAUGGCGAGUUUACGGAUGAUGCGGAGAGUAUUAUUGGGCAAAUUGCGGAGAUGUUGGAUGAGUGUGGCGCGCCACCAGAGCAGGUUGGGAUUCAAUUUUUUCAGAUUGGGGACGAUGCGAAUGCUAGGGAGUAUUUGGAAGAGUUGGAUGAUAAUCUUUGGAAGAUCUCUCAAAAGAAGCACGUCAGGGAUAUUGUGGAUACAGUUCCUUGGAGAGGGUCUAACGGGUCGACAUUGGAUGGGGAGGGCAUUUUAAAGUGUGUUUUGGGGGCUGUGAAUAAGAGAUUGGAUCGGAAGAAGGUGUAG